CUUCAGUUCCAGUCGGUUUCGAAUCGGGUCAAGUUCUUCUACCUUUUCGGUUCGACUUCACGCGACCAUGCUGAAGGGUGCGAUCGUUCUCUUGGUCUUGGCAUCUGCCUCUGCCAUUCGACUCGGGGAUCUGAACGUGAGGGUGGAUCCUCGGAAGGUGACGGUGUCGGGUCUGUCGUCGGGAGGCGCCAUGGCGACGCAACUCCACGUCGCUCUUUCCUCCAAGAUCUACGGAGCUGCCAUCUUCGCCGGAAGUCCGAAUGCUCGAUUUAAUCUCCCGUAUUAUUGUGCGGAUCACCACAUGUUCGGCGGGCUGACUGGAGCGACGAGCUGCAUGUACAGUCCUUUCCUUUCUGACGUCAACGACAUGAUCGAUGCUGCCAGGGAUUUCGACUCCUCCGGAGACAUCGAUCCCUUGGACAACAUGUCCACUAAUCGGCACAAAGUCUACGUGUUUCACGGAACCGCCGAUUUCACCGUCAAUCCCGACAACGGAGUGGAUGUGGAGACUUUCUACCAAGAAUUCCUGGCCAGUUCCAGCGACAUCAUGACGGAAUUCUCUCUUGCAUCCGGUCAUGGAUUUGGUUACAACAGAGUAGAUAAAAGCUUUGUUCCUUCCGUCCCAAAGCCAACUGACAACCCAGAUGCCAAUUCUUGCGGAGCGACCUCGAGCCCCUACAUCAACGAUUGCAACUAUCAUGGAGCCUUCGAGUCCCUUAAUCAUCUUUAUGGAGGAGGCCUCGAGAAACCGGAAGGGACGGUGGAUCUGCCGGGGUCGUUGGAACGCUUCGAGCAGGCGGAAUUCUUCGGAGGGAAUCCGGGCAGCGACAGCAUGGCGGACGAGGGGUUCGUCUACGUUCCAUCCAGAUGCGAAGCCGGAGAAGUCGUCUGCAAACUCCACAUUCCCCUUCACGGAUGUAAACAGAAUGAAGACUCAGUGGACGACGCGUACGUGACGAUGACCGGAUACCUGGAAGUCGGCGAGUUGAACAACAUCGUCAUGCUAUUCCCUCAGACGACGAGUUCGGGGUUCGAUAAUCCCAACGCCUGUUGGGACUGGUGGGGCUACACCGAUAACAACUAUCUGGUGAGAGAUGGAGUCCAGAUCGACGGCAUCAGCCAGAUGAUCGACAGCAUCAUCAAUUGAGAAAGAUGAGGUCUCCUCCGCUUCCUUUCCGAUCCGGUAAUAAAGGGAGCAUUCGACAAA